GUGAAGCUCGGGUUUUUGGUGAUGGCCGAGCGCAUGUGUUUGGGUUUUUUUGUCACACACAGAAUGCCGUUGGGUCAUAAGGCUUGUCACUUGGGCUCCACCAAGUAACAUUAUUGGCUCGAAUCGUUGGUUUUCAAGUUCAAGUAUUGUAUGUUUUAUUGAUAUGCGAGUUCUCAGAUGUGGGAUAUUGACCAUGUUCGAUACACCAGGGAACUUAUACGUAGUACCAAACGCUUCUCCAGCGGCAGAGUUACUGCAGUAUAUCUCUGACUUCUCACUACUCCAUCGAAACGUGAUAUAUCUGAAUUAUGUGACAGUAUCGACGCUACCCAAGACGGGAACCGGCAAUAACAACAUGCCUUACAAGAAUUUUAGCAUUGACUAACUUAGCGCUCGCGGAAUCUUAGUUUAUUAUGCUAGAACCAUGACGUAAAAUGCCGGCAUCGAAGAGACGUGUAUGGUUUCAAUGGCAUGUGUUGUAGCCAUAAAUAUAGUGCCGUUUGGCUUACCAUGAACUUGGCAAUAAAUAAGCAUGCAGCUAUGGUGAGAAAGCUUCAAGGGAUGGAAUCUAAAUGAGGAAGCGUCCGAAGCCUACGCGUAUUGAUGCCAGGCAACUUGCCGUGUAAAGGUGAAGCCACCGAUAUUAGGUCUGGGCAACAGUUAGAGAUCUUGGCAUACAUGAGGCCAAGCUAUGGCCUUGAGACAAAUUGAUCAUCUCAUGAUAAGACGAUCUUGUAGGUUAUGUACGAUUGAUUAUGCGCAAACUCAAAACAAAUAAGCUUCAGAUCCUUCAGUCAGUGAGUGUGUUGUUGUUUUUACAGCCAAUAUCAUAUUGUCUGUGACAUCCGGAAGAUCCGGAGGUCAAAAGUCGGAGGUCGGAAGCACGAGACGGAACUUUCAUCACAUGUAGACGGGGUUAAGACGCUACCGUGCUUCCGUGGAUGAUAUAAUCUCCUAUUAUCCUUGGGAUCGGACUUUUGCAGAACCCCAGAUCAUGAUCGGUUGCCGCGGAAUAGAGUUCAAGUCAGGGGCUUUGAGACGGUAAUGAGAAAGGGAGUUUCUAUGGGCAUCUGUCGAAUGAUGGUGGUUGAUGGGCACGGGCAAACAACACCAUCAUCAGGUCCAUGUACGUCAGUGAAUUGUUUACCCUUGGAAGCUGAGUCUGCCCCUGUUUGAGAAGAGUCAAGAGAGACAGAAGGUGGAGAGAUGUUGUAGAUUAAGUAUCCUCUCUUACGAGAAUGAUGCCAUGUUCACCUCGACGUGAGAUAAGCUCACAGCUUCAUCAGUCUGCUUAUAGUUAUUUUGUCCACGGCUAACAAGACACUUCACUUUCUAUGACUGGCCCAUUUAUCAUACUCAUGGCAUUGUCAGCAGUGUAAAGUUGGUAGCGGACGAUCCAUUCUAACAAGAUCCUUGUCUAGC